AUGUCUCAACAAUCCGCUGUCAACUCUACUAUUGUUUCUGGUGAAGAAACCGCCCGUGUCAACUCUGGUGUCAUUCCUCCUCCUUCUGCUGCUGGUUCUGCCGACCACGAUGGUGAUACCGUGAUGACUCCCUUGUGUUCUGAGGACGGUGCCUUUGAUUCUGAAGAAGGUUCUUCUGGUUCCAAUGCUGGCCGUUCUGGUUAUGAGGGUGCCAAUUCUCCUCGCAUCUAUUUGGGUAACUCUGGAGUCAGAGUUAACAACAACCUUGUGGCCACCGUGGAAAUGUUGCUGGCUUCUGCUGAGGAGGACCUCAACACUAAGAAGGGCAACUACUAUGCCGCUCUAGGCCACUACUUGGGUGUUUCCAAGAGGGAUCCCACCUCUACUGCUGCCAAGUCUGCUUCCAAGGGUGCCAAGGAAGCACAAGUACUGUUUGCUGAGGCUGAGCAAAUCCUCAAGGACCUCAAGGCUUCCACUGCUCCUGCGUCUAAGCCUUAUGACAAGAGAAGCACUCUGGUUCCCAGUAACCUACCUUUUCUCCAGCUUUGUUCUGAGGGUCCUCUGGUGAAGGCCAACCGUGAUGUGUUUGAUUCGGUGUAUGACUUCUGCCAGGAGUUUACCACAGUCCUGGAAGCACACUCUCUGUCCUUGGAUUCCUGCUGGGAACGUCUGUUGCCUACUUGUUUGAACAAGGAAGAACGUUCUUGGUUUGAGGACAAGCUCAAAGGCAAGGCCUACAACUGGAAGAAGGCCGAAAGUAUUCUUCUAGAUCACUAUGACACGCCGUUCUGUAAGUUCCUGAACAUGGGUCGUGUCUGGUGCAUGAAACAAGGCAAAGGAGAAUCCGCUCGUUCUUUUGGUGCCAAGUUCCAAAAGUUCCGCCGCCAGGCCUUGUUGGACGAUGGUGUUCAAUUGGUUCUCUGCUUCUGGUGGAAUCUGCGUCCGGAAGUCUGGGAAGCUUGUCUCAUUCCUUUGUCAGCCAACUAUGGCACCAAGAUGCCCUCAAAGAUUGAGGACAUCAUCUCGUUGGUGAGUGUGUCAACAAGUGACUCCACUGCUUUGUUACAUAAUCCUGCCAAUGGUACUGCCGCGUCCUCCUGGAGUUCGUUUGCUGCUCACAAUGGUGCGUCCUCUCUCUCUGCUGGUUCCCACAAGGGAAAGAAAAGGUCUUUCUCUCGCGAGCGUGGUUCUCAGUCUCCCAAGAAGGCAUGGGACUUCAAGAAGGCGAUGAAGGAUGGCAUCUGUUUUUCAUGCAAGGCUCCCUGGGUUAAGGGACACUCCUGUCCGGAACGGGAGAAGUACUUGACAAAGGUGUCAAGGAUGGCAGUCCGCUCCUCUGCUGGUAGACCAGCAAGAGCUUCCACUGUGGUUGAGGGGAGUCCCUCGUUGUCUUGGUCAGAGUACCAAGACAACACUAGUGCUCUGGCCAAGAUGGCAUUAGAUUGUAAGUACAAUCUUAAAGACAUGGUUAUUAAAAGAGAUUUUAAGAACAUGAGCACUAAUAUUACCUUUCCUAUUUUGGCAAAUAAUUCCAUUAGAACCAUCUCCUUGUUGGACUGUGGGGCCACGUUCAGUUUGGUGGACAAGAAUUUUUGCUUGAAGAAUGGAAUAGCCAUUAGUUACAUCAAUCACAUUAAUAAAGAUUUGUUGAACAAAAACAAUGUUCAUAAGUAUUUUAUUCGUUUGGCUGAUAGCAAUACCCAGAUUAAAAGAAUUGGUACUUGUGUGAUCAGUGUAACUUGCAAUAGUAAGACUAUUCAACGCGAGUUUGAAGUGAUGAAUUUAACUAAUAGUCAUGAGUAUGAUUUCAGUAUUGGUACUGAUUAUAUGUCUUCUCUUGGUAUUGGUAUUUAUGGUUUACCUUUAUCAUAUGAUGAUGCUGAUUCAAGUGAGGAACGUAGAGAAGCCGAUAGACGCUUCAACAAUAAGAGUGAUCUUCUUGAAUCCAUUGAGAGAGAAAAUGAACGAAAGGAAAAUAAUCCGGCUGUAGGUCCCACACAGUUUGAGGAUGCUAUGGAUUAUAUUCGACCGUUCAUUAAAGACAAUCAAGAUAUUCCCAAGGGUUCGUUUUGUACUAUACCUGAAAGUAUUGUAUGUUUGGACACCCCAGAAAAUGCUACGGCGUUCAGAAGCCCUUAUCCCAUUCCUUACAAGAUGCAAGGUGUAGUGGAUGAACAGGAAUACUGGCAAAGAAUUGGUGAAGCUCCAGAAGGUAUCAAAGACAUCAAUAAGGCCAAUAAGAAAUUAUUAAAGGAUAUGAAAGUUGCAUAUUCCGCACCUAAAGAAAAUUCAGGUACUAAAAGGAAGAAUUAUGCAAAGACAGCUUAUCAAAAGAAGAAACGCAAUAAUAUCUUAAAGAUUGUUAAGAUAAUUAUAUCAUACUGCCAGGCCAUAUCGCCGAAAUUACUCUCUACUAUUAAACAUGGUUAUGAACACGAUGAACCUCCCUCUCAUGAGCACAUCGCGAAUCAAGAACUUUCAUUUCAUACGAGUGUCAUUGACAUGACAAUAUUAGCGUCUCCUAUGUACUCUCUUGGUCUGCAAAUAAAUCCUUUUGCUUUGGGUAGUAUAUUGAGUACUAUGGUUCGCAUUCAUGACGCCUUUUCUUUUUGUCUCUGUGCAUGUGGUAAAAACCCAUAUACAGAAAAUGCAAACACAUCCUACUAUCCUGCUGUUCUGACCUUUUCCUAUGUUCGAAAGUUGGUCUUACCACCUAUGAGUAAGCCAGCUUCAUACACUUGUAAAAACUAUCUGAUCACAUUGUAA